GCGAGGUGCUCUGGGUACGCUAGCCAAAGAUGGCGGUCAAUUUGUGGAGUUGUGGUUUCAGGUGAUAAAGACAUGCUGCUAACUUGAGUUUACAACUAUUGUCGUCAUCAUGGGACAUAAAGGGAGUAAACUAACUCCGGAUGAAACGCAAGAGCUGCUUAAGUGCACGUAUUUCGAUAAAAAAGAAUUGCAGAAGUGGUAUCGAGACUUCAUGAAGGAUUGCCCUUCAGGCGAGCUCAAACAAGAGGAAUUUCAAAGAAUCUACCAGCAGUUUUUUCCAUUUGGUGAUCCCUCAAAGUUUGCAGCCUUUGUGUUUAAAGUUUUUGACAAAAACUCUGAUGGAUCAAUUAACUUCAGAGAGUUUAUUACUGCAUUAUCAGUCACUUCCAGAGGAAGUCUAGAUGAAAAAUUGGAGUGGGCAUUUAGUCUUUAUGACCUUGACAAAGAUGGAUAUAUUACAAGAGAUGAAAUGCUGAAGAUUGUAGAAGCAAUCUAUCGUAUGGUGGGUAAUAUAAUUGACUUACCAAAAGAUGAAGACACUCCAGAAAAAAGAGUAGACAAGAUAUUUAAACAAAUGGACAAGAACGAAGAUGGAAAGUUAACAAUGGAGGAGUUUCGUGAAGGUUCCAAGUGUGACCCAUGGAUAGUACAAGCCCUAGCUAUUGACUUGCCUCAAGAAGACCUGUCACAAGCUGAUGAAUAACCUAUAAACUAUACUGACAUGAAUCUAGAGCAAUCCAUUUAGCACCAAAACUUCACUAUUCUACAAGCCAACUUUUUGACUUUAUUAAAGAUUAGAGCACCUGAGCUCUAAUCUUUAAUAAUGUUGUUUGUUUACUGAUACCCAGUUGAACGUUUUUCAGUAAUAUUGAGCAUGUUCCAGGACCAAGUUCAAGUAACGUUUUGCCCAGAAGGGGAGGGAGGGAAGUAAGUAGGUAUCUGUUCCUCAGGAAGGGAGAAAGCCUUUGUCUGGGAAGGGGUGGGGAAUGUUCGAAAGAAAGGUAUAGGGUUAUCGCAGCAGAGAUUGACUUUUUCCCUUGAGCAUACACCCUCCCUGGGAAGAGUUGAUGCACUCGUAUUUGCUUUGCCAGGGAGGAGAAAGAAAAGUACUGCUCAGGGAGAGAGAGGGAGUUUUGAAGUUUUAAGAGAUCAAUUAAAUGUUACUUUAGGAUUAGAUGCUUUGUACAACGUUUUUCACUCCGUCAGUCAACAUAGAGUGUGUCCACUAUAGUAUGGCUAACGUGUAUUCAAAUGCACCCAUCUUCUCGUUAUGCUAUUUGUAUUAUGGUGAUGAUGUGAAUUUUGUACUAAGCUAGAACUCUAGUCGGUAGAAACUGACAACAACAUUAGGUUUUGUCUUGUGAAGAUGGAUGUAAAAAAUAUCAUUUAAGUGAGCGGUAAAAUAAGUUAUUAUUUAAAUCACUCCUCACAUGAACAGGUGUUCAUUUCUUGUAUUUCAUUAGUUCUUACUGUACGACUGCGUUAAAAAAUUGACAUUUAGUUACGUGAAGAUCGACGUGUUCAAUCGGAAAACCGCUGAUAAAUCGAUAGAAAUCAAUUUGAUCUUAAUAGUUAGAUUUUAUCGCCUUUUUGCUCCUGCAAAACGUUAAAAACUGCAUCUUUUGCGGUGGCGUGGUUUCACAGGCCAACACGACUCCUCUGUGUUUUAUUCUUACUAAAGUAAUGAACUUAAUCUGCAGCACUCGAGGGAUGUGUUAAGUGUCCUGGUAAUCUUGUUCAAAUUUUUCCUUAUUUCUGAAGUACAAGUGGAGACUCGAGACGAUUAGUUCAAUAUUUUCGAUAAAAUCAAUAAGCUAUUGAAAACUCAAUAUAAAUCGACUGCUUACAACGUAUUUUGUUUGUCGAUUGUUAACGAUUUCUGUUAUGCACAAUUAGGCAAUUUGUAUCGAUUUUCUCGAAAAUUGUCUAUUUCAUCGACUGAGCACGUAUAGAAGCUAAUUGAAGAAUGCAUUGAUGUAUAUUCAUACAGUUUUUCUUGGUCUAUUAGUGCUCUAUCACCAAACUAAAUUGGUGUCAAAACUUGGCCAACGACCAGAUAUUUUAUGGCAUUUUUCUACCAAUUAUUUCAUUAACACUUAAUAGAUCACUCGUAUUCAAAGUCGCAUAGAAUUGUAACAAAAAUCAGAGUAAAUAGCUGUGGAAGUAUUUAACUGUGUAGUCGCCUUUUUAGUUUCUCCAACUGUUUGUCCAAACUAUUAAAGUUGAUGUUUUCCUUCCA